CUUGUUUUCAUCAAAGGUGACAAAGACAAACUGAAAGCCCGCGACAAGUAUCUUGUGAUCGGCAUCGAUAAAGACCUUUUCUGUCAGCUCCGCAAGUUUACCAGUUCACAGUUCCGCAGUAAGGUCUACACCAUUCCUAUGUGUGACUGCUACCCUGUCACCCCAACUGUCCUAGCUCAGACUCCACAAGGACCCAUCCGUGGCCAGACCGAAUCCACUGCUUCUGACUCUGACGAUGAUCCUGUUCCCGUCGUCCCUUCACUAAGACCCCCUACAGUGCUUGCUUCUCCACCAGUGGAUACCUAUACUGUUCCGGUACACCACUCAGUGUCUCCAGCUCAUUCUCAGCUACCCGCCCAGGAACACCCCCCAAUUCCUGAAGUCAUUAUGCCUUCUCGGAGUCCUCCACAAGCUCCCCUGGACCCCUCUUUUACUGAUGAUGCACAGCCGACGCCUGCUGCUGUUAUCCCCACUAGGAAAUCUGACCGCUCGCGGAAAGCCCCAUUUUGGCACAAUAAGGACUGGGACUUUGACUAA